AUGGAUGAUGAGGCAAAUGUAACUUAUAUAACUCUGGAUGGGCAUGUGGAAGUUAACAAAUACAGAUAUGUUUAUUUUUUUAUUAUGUUCAUAGUAUAUACUCUAAUAAUCUGCAGUAAUUCUAUUAUUGUGUACCUUAUCUGGGUUCACCAAAACCUCCAUGAGCCUAUGUACAUUUUCAUUGCAGCUUUGUUACUGAACUCUGUUGUUUACAGCACUAAUAUCUACCCAAAGCUUUUGAUUGACUUUUUAUCUGAAAAACAGGUCAUAUCUUAUUCAGCCUGUCUCUUUCAAUUUUAUAUAUUUUAUACUUUUGCCAGUUCUGAAUUCUUAUUGUUGUCAGCUAUGGCCUAUGACAGGUAUGUGUCCAUAUGUAAACCUCUGCAAUAUCACACUAUCAUGAGGAAAACUGCAGUGAGUGUUUUCCUGUUUUUUGCUUGGCUUCUGCCUGCGUGUCAUACUGCAGUCCCAACAAUAUUGAGUUCUAAAGCAAAACUGUGUGACUUAACUCUUAAAGGAAUAUUUUGUAACAAUUCAAUUUACAAACUUCAAUGUGAGGCAUCAAGAGUAAUAACUAUAUAUGGUGUUGUUAGUUUAGUAGAUCUCUCAAUUCUGCCUAUGCUUUUCAUAAUUUUUACAUACAUCAAGAUAUUUAUAGUAACUUAUCGUAGUUGUAGAGAAGUCAGGAAAAAAGCAGCAGAGACCUGUUUACCCCACCUGUUGGUUUUAAUCAGUUUCUCUAUUUUGUGUGCAUAUGAUAUCAGUACAGCCCGAGUAGAAUCCAAUUUUUCGAAAACUACACACUUAAUAAUGAUGUUGCAAACAAUUUUGUAUCAUUCUGUGUUUAAUCCACUCAUAUACGGUCUAAAAAUGACAGAAAUUUCUAAACACCUCAAAAGGUUGUUGUGUCCAGCCAAAAUUAUUUGA